AUCAAAACAUUUUCUUUCCGUAUAGAGGCACCCUAUACCAUAUUACUCAGAAACAGAAACAUGACGAAUGUAAUUAGAUGCCAGACAAUUGUGACAACAUGCGGUUGGUUUUUUUCUGUUUGUACCUCCUUUUGGGCCUGCAGAUAGUAUAUUCGAUGCGAAAAGUGCGACAUGCGGUGGCUCAUGAUGGAUUCCACAAUAUUGAAAAGGAAAGGCGCUGGAGAAAUUGGCCAGCACGUGUGAGAGCCCAUCAUAGACAACAUAGCCCCGUCUAAUGGUUCACAAUGUCGGAAUUGCACGCGAUCAAUAUUUUAACCGUUAAUAAAAUCAUUCACAGAGCAAUAAAUGUCUCAGAUCUCGUCGAACAAUGGGAAGUGGGGACCUUGUCCAUCUAUAUCUGUGGAUCACUGAUUAAUUGACCAUUUUAAAAGUUCCGAAUGCAUAAUUGAUAAAACUAU